AGUUUAAAAUAAAAUACAUAAAAUGGGCAAGAAGGCCGACAAUCCUGAAACAAACAAUGCAUCCUCUGGCGCUGAGGAAGAAGAGGAGGAGUAUGCCGUUGAAAAAAUUUUAGAUCGUCGUGUGCGCAAAGGAAAGGUGGAAUACUAUCUCAAAUGGAAGGGUUAUGCAGAAACUGAAAACACCUGGGAGCCGGAAGGAAAUCUUGAUUGCCAGGAUCUCAUACAACAAUAUGAGCUGAGUCGCAAGGAUGAGGCCAAUGCGGCGGCCUCUUCUUCUUCGUCCUCUUCGAAGAAAGAGCGUCCCGGCAGCAGCACCAAGGUCAAGGAGACCGGCCGUACCAGUACCACAGCCAGUAACAGCAGCGGCAGCAAACGGAAAUCCGAAGAGCCAGCUGGUCCAGCAGGUAGCAAAUCAAAGAGAGUCGAGCCUGAGGAUACCGCCGAUAUAAUACCGGCGGGCGGCACUGGAUUCGAUCGCGGCUUAGAAGCUGAAAAGAUACUGGGCGCCUCCGAUAAUAAUGGCCGCCUGACAUUCCUUAUUCAGUUUAAGGGAGUCGAUCAGGCCGAAAUGGUGCCAUCGACUGUGGCCAACGUUAAGAUACCUCAAAUGGUAAUACGCUUCUAUGAGGAGCGCCUCUCCUGGUAUUCGGACAACGAAGAUUAAGUGUUGCAGGUCCCAAAUUUGUUGUUCAAAAAUAACUUUUUUUUCUCAGCAUAUUAAACAUUAUGUACUUUUAUCAUAAAAUUCCAAUUAAUAAACAUGAACUAGCUUAUGUUUAAAAUUGUGUAA